AUGGCACCUCAUUUGCCCAUGGAGUCGUCGGACUCUGACAUCUCGGAUGAAGGGAAGUCUCGCUGGAAGGGGAAGCUUCAGAGGUUUCUGGUCCCCAUCGUGUUCAUCACGUAUGUCAUCACCAAAGCCUUGGACCGGGUUUUCAUCUACCGGGUACAAAAGUCGAUGGCCCAUUACAGCACUAUUCUCAUGAGCAUCUACUGGCCUCCGGGCAUCUGCUUGGCAUGCUUCUCCUUUCUAUUUCUCCUGAAUGGAUCCAAGAGCCUCCUUGGAAUGAGGGGAAAAGAUGAGAUGAAGGCAUUUCAGCCACUGGGCCUCGGGUGGUUUUCGCCCAUCAGCGAGUUUGCUUCAGCACAGGGUCGUGUGCCGCAGGCAUGGUUUGCCCUGAUCGGGUUUCUGGACCAGAUCAACGCCACCUUCUCGGCUCCCCCAUCGGUCUACAUCCCAGUGGUCUUGCAGACGCCCUUGAAUAACCUGGUGGUUUUUUGGGUGAUGCUCAUCUCCCUCAUCUACCUGAAGAUGUCCUUUAGAACGGUCCACUACGCAGGCGUGCUUCUCAUCCUCUGCUCCUGCAUUGUGGGUGAGCUGGUUGAGCUCCAGGGGCCACCCGAUAUGGUCUGCAAUGGGCUCGACACUGCCCAAGAAAUUUUCCAAGAUGACAGCUUGCCCAUCUCCCAAACAGCGAGAUGGGCCGUAGGCAAUGCCACUGAGAAGUGUGUGCGAGGUUUGCCGCCCUACAAGGGCUCCGAUGGCCGGAUCAUCUACGUCCCCUUCGGAACCAUCGCCUCGAUGUAUCUGCUUUUCAUUGGCACCGUGAUCCCCUAUGCCUUCGUGAACGUCUACAAGCAGAAGAAGCUGAAGCAGGUGAACCUGGAUGUGGCUUGGGCCUUUUUCUGGCAGAGCGCUUGGCAGGUUUUGUGGGGCCUCGUCUUCAUCCCGGCCUGCUGGAUCCCCUGGCCCACGCCCAGUGGCGCCAACGAGGCCUCCUUCUCCACCUUCGGCCAGGACUUAGCCGACUCCUGGACCUGCUUCAUGGGCCAAAACCCGAAUCCAAAGGUCACCACCUGCUCUGCCGAACCCGCCUGGGCUUGGUUUAGCAUCUACCUGCUCUUCAACGUCUUCUUCAACCUCUGCCUCAUGUGGCUCAUCAAGCGCAUGUCCAGCACCUGGGCCGCCGUCGGCGCGAUCCUCUGUGGGAACCUGGGCGGCUUCUUCAGCCAGUUUGAGCUUUUCGGGGGCAAGUCGGCACAGCCGCUCUCCAUGGAGCAGUGGAUGGCGCUCAUCCUCUCUACCAUCGCCAUGUGGGUCUACAACAUCGAGGAUGAAAUGGACGCGAAUGGCCGAUCUGUCUACGGCGAGGUAGCACGGGGCGACCACCGCUACGAUACAAAGGGGGACAUGGGCCUCGACCCUGACUCGGACGAGUUCCAUUCCGACAACGAGCCGAAUGCAGAGGACCACACGACUCUGUGA